UGUCUAUUCACCUCAUGUGCUGUGUUCAAUGUCUGUAGCUUCAUUCUCUGCUGGCUGACAGAGUUGCAUCUCAUCUCAUCUCAUCUCAUCAGUUGGCCCUGGCACUGUCUCAGCAUGGCCAUCUCAUCUCGCCUCGCCCUGUGGGAGCAGAAGAUUCGGGAAGAGGAGAAGAGCCCUCCGCCGUCCUCGCCCCCUCCCCUCUUCUCUGUCAUCCCAGGCGGCUUCAUUAAGCAGCUGGUCCGGGAGACUGAGAAAGAGUCCAAGGAAGCAAGACGGAAGAAACAGGCGGUGCUCGCCUCUCCAGAGCAAGAGACUCCAGAAAUUUCCACUAGCCAACCCAACAGCAAGUCCAACAGUGAUACCAAGUCUGGAAGCCCAAAGAUUUCCCAGGACAACCAGGCAAGCUCUCCCCAGAACACAGACAUUCCGGGCCAGCAGAGCCAGGGGCCCGGCCCCACGGAGCCCACACAGAGGACCACCAUCAACGGCGAGAAGGCCCAGGAAUCGGGCCCCAGUGCGGCUCCAGCCAAAAAACCUCUGCCCUUGAAGAGGGGCGUGAGGAGGGGCGAUGUGCUGCUGAUGGUGGCCAAGCUGGACCCAGACUCAGCCAAGCCAGAGCAGAGGACCCAGCCCCGUGACGCCCCCGCCUGCAAGACCCCAUCCCCGGCCACAGACCCUGGAGGGGGAAAGGAGGGGAAGGCCCCACCAGCUCCUCGUGGUCCCCAGGCCAGCACUGAGGACGCAGCCCUGAAGGCUGAGAAGACCCAGACUGGGGGUCCUAGGGAUCCAGGAACUGUGCCAAUGACAAAAGGCGAGAAAGAUCAAGGCACAGCGGGGAAAGGGGGUGAGGCCCCUCAGACCAAAGGGCUGAAAGGGGAUGAGCCCCAGGGCAAAGAGGGGCCAGGUGAGGGGGGGCGACCAGGGACAGUGGAGAAGCGGGGAGCGGACUCCACAAACAAGAUGGCAAAGGGGAAUCUCUCCAAGGAUGCAGGGGGCGAAGGGAAGUUGGCUGAAGGGAAGUUGGCCGGGGCUCAAACCCAGGUGAAAAAGUGGGGAGGUUCCCUGGGCAGGAGCAGGUGGGAUGGUCCCCAGAAGAAGGACAAAGAAGGUGCCCUCCUGAGGAAGGCGGAGAAGACAGGCCAAUCGCAGGUCAAGGCGGAGAAGGUGGACAAAGUGCAGGGGAAGGUGGGGGAGGCUCCCGGAGUGAAGGAGGAAGCACGUGGGCCUCACAGUGAGUCUGGGGAGGCAGGGGAGGCUGCGGCUAAGACACAGAAGGGCUGUGAAGCCCCCCAGGAGGUGGGUGCAGCCGGGAAGGAGAGCCACAAAGUGCAGGGGAAGGUGGAGGAGGCUCCCAGAGGGAUGGAGGAAGCACGUGGGCCUCACAGUGAGUCUGGGGCUAAGACACAGGGCUGUGAAGCCCCCAAGGAGGUGAGUGUAGCUGGGAAGGAGAGCCGGCCAGACAGCAGAGGGCAGGAAGCAGAGGGGCCCUGCAGAAGUGUGAAUGCCAGGGCCGGGGCCCUGGAGACGGAGCUGCAAGCACCCAGACCACCUGCUCUGGAGAGCCACGCAGAGAGGCCUCAGAGGCAGGAGAACCAAGAGGGACCAGCCCUGCAGGAGGGGAGUGAAGGAAGCCAGAGUGGAGACUUGGACCAGGCUCCAGAGGACAGAUGGUACGAGGCAGAGAAAGUCUGGCUGGUUCAGAAGGAUGGAUUUACUCUUGCAACGGUGCUUAAGCCAGAUGAGGGAACAGCCGACCUGCCGGCAGGAAGGGUGCGACUUUGCAUUGACGCGGACAAAACCGUCACCGAGGUGGACGAGGAUCAUGUUCAUCGGGCCAACCCCCCUGAGCUGGACCAGGCCGAGGACCUGGCCUCCCUGGUCAGUGUCAAUGAAUCGAGUGUCCUGAACACGCUCCUGCACCGCUACCGGGCUCAGCUGUCACACACCUCCACCGGGCCGGACCUGAUCGUCCUCCAGCCCCACGGGCCGUCGGCACCCUCUGCAGGCAAGGUGCCCAAGGGCCGCCGGGAUGGCCUGCCCGCCCACAUUGUCUCCCUGGCCCAGCGGGCAUACUGGGCACUGCUGAGCCAGCGGAGGGACCAGAGCAUCGUGGCCCUGGGCCGGAGCGGCGCCGGCAAGACCACCUGCUGCGAGCAGGUCCUGGAGCACCUGGUGGGGAUGGCAGGGAGUGUGGAUGGCAGUGUCUCAGUGGAGAAGAUCCGAGCCACCUUCACUCUCCUCCGGGCCUUUGGCUCCGUGUCCACGGGCCACAGCCGCAGCGCCACCCGGUUCACCAUGGUGAUGUCACUGGACUUCAAUGCCACAGGCCGAGUCACAGCUGCCCAGCUCCAGACCAUGCUUUUGGAGAAGAGCCGCGUGGCACGGCAGCCAGAAGGGGAAGGCACCUUCGAGGUUUUCUCCCAGAUGCUCGCGGGAUUGGACCUGGAUCUCAGGACGGAGCUGUACCUGCACCAGAUGGCAGACAGCAGCUCCUUCGGCAUGGGUACUUGGUCUAAGCCCGAAGACAAGCAGAGGGCGGCGGCUGCCUUCGCCCAGCUCCAGGGUGCCAUGGCGACGCUGGGCAUUUCGGAGAGCGAGCAGCGAGCCAUUUGGCGGGUGUUGGCAGCUAUCUACCACCUGGGCGCAGCGGGGGCCUGCAAAGUGGGCCGGAAGCAGUUUAUGAGGUUUGAGUGGGCAAACCACGCCGCUGAGGCCCUGGGCUGUGAGUAUGAGGAGCUGAACACGGCCACCUUCAAGCACCACCUGCGACAGAUAAUCGAGCAAGUAACGUCUGGACCAAGCCGCCGGGGCCUCGAGGACGAGGAGACCAGCUCAGGGCUCAAGAUGACGGGUGUUGAGUGUGUGGAGGGGAUGGCCUCGGGCCUGUACCAAGAGCUUUUUGCUGCCGUGGUCUCACUCAUCAACAGAUCUUUCUCCUCCCAUCACCUCUCCAUGGCCUCCAUCAUGGUGGUGGACUCUCCGGGCUUUCAAAACCCCCGGCACCAGGGCAAGGACCGGGCCGCCACCUUUGAGGAGCUGUGCCACAACUACACCCACGAGCGCUUGCAGCUGCUUUUCUACCAGCGGACCUUCGCCUCCACGCUGGAGUGCUACCGGGAGGAAGGCCUGCCCGUGCAGUUUGACCUCCCGGAGCCAUCCCCCGGGACCACGGUGGCCAUUGUGGAUCAGCAUCCCUCCCAGGUCCGCCUACCACCUGGAGGAGGUGCUGCAGAUGCCAAGGGCCUUUUCUGGGUCCUGGACGAGGAGGUCCGGGUGGAGGGCUCCAGUGACAGCGCAGUGCUCGAGCGUCUCUGUGCAGCCUUCGAGAAGAAAGGAGCUGGUGCUGAAGGGACCUCUGCCCUUCGACCCUGUGAGCAGCCCCUCCAGUGUGAGAUCGCCCACCAGCGGGGACAGGACCCCGUGCGCUAUGACCUCACGGGCUGGCUCCACAGGGCCAAGCCCAACCUCUCAGCCCUGGACGCCCCCCAGGUCCUGCAGCACUCGAAAAGGGAGGAGCUGAGGAGCCUGUUCCAGGCCCGGGCCAAGCUGCCGCCUGUGUGCCGCGCGGUGGCCGGCCUGGAGGGCACCUCCCAGCAGGCCCUGCAGAGGAGCUGCGCUGUGAGGAGGACCUUCGCCAGCAGCUUUGCCGCAGUGAAGAGGCGAGCCCCCUGCUCCCAGAUCAAGCUGCAGAUGGAUGCGUUGUCCAGCGUGAUCCGAAGGUCUCAGUUACACUUCAUCCACUGCCUGGUGCCGAGCCUCACGGUGGAGAGCAGGGGUGGGCAGGGUGCUCCGACCCCGCCGCAGCCUGAUGGGGACAAGCCCGGAGCAGGCGGGCCCCUGCCCUUGGACAUCCCCGCACUGAGGGUCCAGCUUUCGGGCUCCUACAUCCUGGAGGCGCUGCGUCUGCACAGGGCAGGUUAUGCUGACCACAUGGGGCUCACGCAGUUCCGCCGGCGAUUCCAGGUGCUGGACCCCCUGCUCACGAAGAAGCUCAUGUUGGCCACUGAGGGAGUCGACGAGAGGAAGGCCGUGGAGGAGCUCUUGCUGACCCUGGAUCUGGAGAAGAAGGCAGUGGCCGUGGGGCACAGCCAGGUCUUCCUUAAGGCGGGCGUGGUCUCCAGGCUCGAGAAGCAGCGGGAGAAGCUGGUGUCCCGCACCUUCGUUUUAUUCCAGGCGGCUUGCAAGGGCUUUCUGUCGCGCCAGGAGUUCAGGAAGCUGAAGAUCCGUCGACUGGCCUCACGGUGCAUCCAGAAGAACGUGGCUGUGUUCCUGGCGGUCAAGGACUGGCCGUGGUGGCAGCUCCUCGGCUCCCUCCGGCCCCUGCUGAGUGCCACCAUCGGGGAUGAGCAGCUUCGCGCCAAGGAGGCGGAGCUUACAACUCUGCGACAGAAGCUAGAAAAAUCAGAAAAGUCUCGGAAUGAACUCCGGCAGAACACAGACCUGCUAGAGAGCAAGAUCGCUGACUUGACCACAGAGCUUGCCGACGAGCGCUUCAAAGGGGACGUGGCCUGCCAGGUGCUGGAGAGCGAGCGGGCCGAGCGGCUACGGGCCUUCCGGGAGGUUCAGGAGCUGAAGGGCAAGUGUGAGCAAGUCCAGCAGAAUCUGGGAGAAGUAGAGAAGCAGCUGCAAGAAGCCCAGCAGAAAAUCCAGUUGAAUGACUUGGAGAAGAGUCACACUGGAGGAGCGGACGAGUGGCAGAUGCGCUUCGACUGUGCUCAGAUGGAGAACGGGUUCCUCCGAAAGCGCCUGCAGCAGUUCGAGGAGAGGCUGGACUCAGAGCUGGCGUCCAGGAAGGAGCUGGAGCAGCAGCUCGGGGAGCUGCAGAGUGCGUACGAGGGGGCCAAGAAGACCGCGCACCAACUGAAGAGGAAGUGCCACCGGCUGACCUGUGACCUGGAGGACACCCGCUUCCUGCUGGAGAACCAGCAAAGCCGAAACCACGAGCUUGAGAAGAAGCAAAAUAAGUUUGACAUGCAGCUCGCCCAGGCCCUGGGUGAGUCUGUGUUUGAGAAGGGACUCCGCGAGAAAGUGACCCAGGAGAACACCAGCGUCCGGUGGGAGUUGGGCCGGCUCCAGCAGCAGUUGAAGCAAAAGGAGCAGGAAACCUUGAAGCUGAAGCAGGAGGUGGAGACGCUGCAGGCCCAAAAGCGGGAGCUGCUGACGCUGCCCUCUCGGGGGGAGAACAGUGUCGCUGGCUUGAAGGACAGGCUCUGGAAACUGGAAUCCAAUGCCCUCGAGCAACAGCAGAUCCGGAACCAGCAGGAAAACACCAUCCAGCAGCUGGAGCAGCUCCGCCAGCGUCUGGAGCUAGAGAUAGAGCGGAUGAAGCAGAUGCACCAGAAGGACCGGGAGGACCAGGAGGAGGAGCUGGAGGAUGUCCGCCAGUCCUGCCAGAAGCGGCUCCGCCAGCUGGAAAUGCAGCUGGAGCAAGAAUACGAGGAGAAGCAGAUGGUCCUCCAUGAGAAGCAGGAUCUGGAAGGCUUGAUCGGGACCCUCUGUGACCAGAUCGGCCAUCGGGAUUUUGAUGUGGAGAAGCGCCUGCGGAGGGACCUCAGGAGGACUCAUGCGCUGCUGUCCGAUGUGCAGGUCCUCCUGGGGACCAUGGAGGACGGCAAGGUGUCGGUCAGCAAGGAGGAGCUGGAGAAAGUGCACAGCCAGCUGGAGCAGAGUGAGGCCAAGUGUGAGGAUGCCCUGAAGACCCAGAAGGCGCUGACUGCGGACCUGGAGAGCAUGCACAGCGAGCUGGAGAACAUGACCCGGAGCAAGAGCCUGGUGGAUGAGCAGCUGUACCGGCUGCAGUUUGAGAGAGCCAACCUCCUAAAGCGCAUUGACGAGGACCAGGAUGACCUGAAUGACCUCAUGCAGAAGCACAAGGACCUCAUUGCUCAGUCUGCUGCUGACAUUGGGCAGAUCCAGGAACUGCAGCUGCAGCUGGAGGAAGCCAAGAAGGAGAAGCACAAGCUGCAGGAACAACUACAGGUAGCCCAGCUGCGCAUCGAGUACCUGGAGCAGUCCACCGUGGACCGGGCCAUUGUCAGCAGGCAAGAGGCAGUCAUCUGUGACCUGGAGAACAAGACGGAGUUCCAGAAAGUGCAGAUUAAGAGAUUUGAGGUCCUGGUGAUCCGGCUUCGGGACAGUCUGAUCAAGAUGGGCGAGGAGCUCUCGCAGGCAGCCACAGCCGAGGCCCAGCAGCGAGAAAGCAGCCAGUAUUACCAGCGGCGCCUGGAGGAGCUGAAGGCGGACAUGCAGGAGCUGGUAGAGCGGGAGGCGGAGGCCAGCCGCAGGUGCAUGGAGCUGGAGAAGUACGUGGAGGAGCUGGCAACAGUGAGACAGACCCUCCAGACAGACCUGGAGACGUCCAUCCGGAGGAUUGCUGACCUGCAGGCGGCCUUGGAAGAGGUGGCGUCCAGCGACAGCGACACAGAGAGUGUCCAGACGGCAGUGGAUUGUGGUGGCAGCGGCAGAAAGGAGAUAGAUAACGUCUCCAUCCUUAGCUCCCAGCCAGAGGGCAGCGUGCGGUCCUGGUUGAGCUGUACUCUGUCCGUGGCCACCGACACCAUGAGGAGCCCCUCUCGACAGUCGGCCAUCAGCAGCCGCAUCCUCAGCCCCAGGACGCACGAGGAGGCCGGUGAUGCCGAAAGCGUCCGGCGGGUGUCAGCCCUGAGCGGAGCCCAGGAUGCCCCCAGCAAGACCACGGGGGACAAGUCCCUCUCUUCCCUCUUGCCCCUCUCCCUCCGCCGGCAAAAGUACUGCCAUUUUGGGCAUGGCGACGAGAGUGACAUCCAGAGGAAGCCCCCGGAGAGAUCAGGAGUCCUGUCUUCCUCCCCCUCUUCCCAGAGGGGAAACACAUCCCCGGUGUCCAGGGAGAAGCUGCCCAGUCCUUCGGCCGCCCUGUCGGAGUUUGUGGGAGGGCUCCGGAGGCAGAGGGCGCAGAGGGGCCAGGGCUCGGUGCUGGGCCUGGAGGACUGGCCCACCCUCCCCAUCUAUCAGACCACCGGGGCGUCCACGCUGAGGAGGGCCAGGGCCGGCAGCGCCGAGGGACACCUCUCGCUGAGUUCCCCGCUGGUGACGGAGGACUGCGCCGGGCCAUCCGCUGGUCUCCUGCGCUCCACCAGCCUCAAAUGCAUCCCUUCCCAGGGCGGGGAGGGCACCCCGCUGCUCCCCCAGAGGCCGAAGACCCGGUUCAGUUCCUGUGAGUCCCUCUUAGAGUCAGGGCCCGGCUCGGGGAGAAAACUGAGCUCCCCCUCCGCACCCAGGGACACACUCCUGUCGCCCACGCUGCGUCCUCGGAGGCGCUGUCUGGAGUCCUCCCUGGACGACGCGGGCUGCCCAGACCUCGGGAAGGAGCCGCUUAUCUUCCAGAAUCGCCAGUUCGCCCACCUCAUGGGGGACCCUCCGGACAGCGACCCAUUCAGCUGGAAACUCCCGAGUCUCAACUACGAACGCAAGGCCAAAGUGGAUUUUGAUGACUUCCUCCCGGCCAUCCGGAAGCCCGAGACUUCGAGGUCGUUGGCCGGAGCCGCCAAAGAUGGGCAAGACAGUUCCCGGCACUCCAGCGUCCACUUUGAGACAGAAGAGGCCGGCCGGACCUUUCUCUCAGGGAUCAAGACCAUUUUGAAAAAGAGCCCGGAGUCCAAGGAGGACCCCGGUCACCUCUCCGACUCGUCCUCCUCCUCCAGCUCCAUCGUGUCCUUCAAAAGCGCCGACAGCAUCAAGAGUCGACCAAGGAUCCCACGGCCGAAGGGAGACGAGGGAGAGCGAACGUCGCCCGGCAACAGAGAGCCGGGGACGGGGAGGAAAGACGAGGACGUGGCGAGCAUCAUGAAGAAGUACCUGCAGAAGUAGGAACCGGCUCAGCCUCCUGAGAUGCACUGCCCUCGAAGACUUCCGACUCCGCAGAGAGAGACCGGCCCGGCCUCCCCGGGGGCCCUCAGUCCCACUACAGCGAGCGUGGCCGCCCUCAAGAGGAGAGAGGGGUCCAGCAGAGGCCUAUCCCGCGGGGCGUGGGUCUCCCAGCGUGCUUGGUCUGCACACAAUAAAGUGUUGGCUCCUUGG